UCUGAAUUUGUAACAUGUGGUUCUCCAACAAACUUGCUACACGUGAUUAAAUUCUUCAUUGACAGGGGGAACUGUCACAGCUGUGGUUCUGCUCCUUUGCAUUGCUAAGCUCCCAUUAAUGUCCAUGUUGCUCUUCCUACAGCUCGAGGAUCAGAACCUAUGUAACAAACAUGGGGGAACUCCAUGAUAUACUUGUGGCUUAUAAGCAGGUUUCGCUUGCUGUAAUAUAUAUGCUAGACUUGGUUGUUCAUGUUGCCAUAGUUGUCCUUUCUGUGAAGCCAGAACUGUUGAGGAACCAAAACAAAGAUGGUAAUUUGUAUAGUCCACCUAACUUCUUCAUUUUUGGCGAUUAAGUAUCUGAUGUGUUUUUCAGAUAAUAACAUGAUUUCUGUGAGCAUUUUGGUUCAAAUUGCUAUAUUUCCUUGUUGCAUACAUUUUCCUAUAUUAUUAUCAAAUAAGAACAUAAAGUAUGAAAAGAUUUGAGUUUGCUUAUUUUGCUCAAUGAUCUCUAAAAGCUGACUAAUCAAGGCCUUUGGAUAGUUUUCAGAAAGUCUUUGAAAUACAGUUAGUUCUUUUAUCUCUGAACGAAUAAUGACCACUAUAAUACAUGAUAAAUGUAUUUUAUCAGACUAUAGUGUUCUGCAAAUUCUGUCACAUUUAGUUUCACGUGAAUAAAGGGAAGAAUCGAUGUGUGUAAGCAAACGUCAGUGGAGGAAUCUUUUGAAUUUAUUGGUGGGGUUUGCAUAAGUGAAAAUUAUUGGGGCGUCGGUGGAAAAGUAACAACUGUUACCAUAAUUUUAAACGCUAUCACAAGGCUUCCCCUUCUUUGCUUUUCAGGAUUUUGUCACCGGAAAUCAGCUCCUUUCUUGCAGGGCAUCAAUUGCCUCCUCUGUAUCUCCUUUUUCAUCAACCAUCAUCAACUUCUCAGUUUUUAAGCUUGGUGCUUCUCAAUUAGUGGGCUCCUUUCUUGACGGGUUUCAAUGGGGUCCUCUUCAUCUCCUUUUCCAUCAGCUCAACCAUCGUCGUCAUCAACUUCUCAGCCAUGGAUGGAUGGAAGAGUAGCUGAGCUGAGAGAGAGAGAGAGGAGACGGGUUGCAAGGCCAUCUGGACUUAUGUGAAGCGGUGGAUUCUUCACAUGGUCGGAAAGUCGCAGGAUAAUCAAGGAGUGGUUAACUUGAAUUCCUCUGAACCUCUUCCUUCAUCAUCAGAACCUCGUGUCUAUAAGUAUGAUGUGUUUCUGAGUUUCAGGGGUCAAGACACUCGGAGGGGCAUUGUAUCUCAAUUACAUGAUCGGCUGCAAAACAAUAGAGGAAUUAAAACAUUCAUGGAUGAUAAAGAUCUUCAAGUAGGGGAAUCUAUUUCUCCCACUUUCCUAAAGGCAAUCGAGGAAUCAAGGUUUGCAAUUGUCGUUCUCUCUCCAAACUACGCCUCUUCUCCUUGGUGUUUGGACGAACUUGCAAAGAUCUGCGAGUGCAUGAAAGACCAGAACAGAAUUCUUCCACUUUUCUAUACUAUGGAACCCUCUGAUGUACGGCACCGGAAGAAAAGUUUCGAAGAGGCUUUCAAGAAUCAUGAAAGAUCUGGGCGAUACACAUCAGACAAGGUGCAACAGUGGAAAAAAGCUUUAAACAAAGUGGCUAGUUUCUCAGGGUGGGAUACAGACAAUAUCAAGACUGAUGAAGAACUUGUGGAGAAAAUUGUGGAUUUUGUCUGCAAAAGAAUACAACCUUUUGACAGUGAGUAUACUCUGUCCACCGAAGAUUUUCAAGAGUAUGGAGCAACAAAAAAAGCCAUGGAUGAGGUUAUGGAGGCGCUUAGAGAUGGCGAUGUCACUGCUGUUGCGGUCCAAGGAAUGGGCGGCGUAGGCAAGACAACCUUGGUAAAAGAAGCCGCUGCACAAAGCAGAAAAAUUGGCCUAUUUCAUCAUGUCAUUAUGGGUGUGGUAUCCCAGCGCCCUGAAUUGACGAAAAUUCAAGAUGAGUUGGCAGAGCAACUGGGCAUUGAAAUAGAAGAGAAGACAGAAAGUAUAAGAGCUGCAAAAUUGAGAACGGAGAUAAUGGGAAAAGAAAAGAUUCUUAUAAUCCUCGACGAUGUCUGGAAGAGAAUAGAAUUGGCACACAUAGGAAUUCCCAGCAACAAGGAGCUUCAAAUACGCAAUUCCAAAGUCGUACUCACCACAAGGAGAGUGGAUGUCUCUAGUGUCAUGAGAUUCGAAAGAAAGAUAGCCCUCGAUGUCCUAUCAGAAGAUGAUUCAUGGUCCCUGUUUGUUCGAAACUUGCCUACAUCUUUGGAAUUCAUGGGUUUUGAGAAUCUGGCGAGGAGGGUGGCUGGAGAAUGUAGGGGUUUACCGGUUGCAUUGAAAGCAGUUGCAAGGGCACUCGGAGAUAAGGAUGUGGUAGAAUGGAGAAAGGCAGCUCAACGACUAGAGAAGUCACAAUAUGCCAAUCCUAGCCAUGAUGAAGAUGAUGAGAACGCAGUCAAAUGUAUAAGAUUGAGCUAUGAUUACUUAAAAGAUGAAGACCACAAGUCAUGCUUCUUGCUCUGUUGCCUAUUCCCAGAAGACCAUGUAAUAAAUAUACAAGACUUGUUCAGGUAUGUGGUCGGAACAAGAUUCUUUCAAAUUGCCGAAACAAUAGAAGAAGCCAGAGGCACACUAGUUUCAGUAGUCAAGUAUCUGAAAGACUCUAGCUUGCUUUUGGAUGGCGGGAAAAAUGGAUGUGUAAAGAUGCAUGAUGUCAUCCGGGAUACAGCCAUUCGAAUUGCGGAAACCGAACGUGGGUUUUCAGCGAAAGCUGGCUUUAGUUUAAAGGUUUGGCCACACGGAUUGGAUGGAGGCUACACUACUAUUUCACUUAUGAGGAACGAAAUUAGCAAGCUACCCAAAGAAGAGUUGGUAUGUCCGCAUCUCCAGAUUUUGUUACUAAAUCAAAAUCCUGCUUUAGAUAAGAUCCCAGAAACGUUCAUCAAAAGUCUUGGUGAUUUUGAUGUCAGCAGCACUAGUAUUUCCAUAUUACCCCAAUCAUUCAGUCUCUUGACCAACCUCCAAGCUUUGUAUUUAGAUAAUUGCGAUGAAUUGAUUGACAUUUCUGUAGUGGGGAAACUUAAGAAGCUUGAAAUUCUAAGCUUGAGAUCUUGCAAGAAAUAUUUGCUGGGAGAAAUAGGACAUUUCACCAAUCUAAGGAUUUUGGAUAUCAUUCGCUCUUCACCAAUCACAAUUCCAUGUGGAGUGAUAUCAAAAUUGCAUAAAUUAGAAGAACUGUACAUGGGGUACUGUAAAUGUGAGAGCUUGGGGUUUGAAGCUGAGGGAUGUGGAGAAGAAACUGAUAUUGGGUUUGGUGAGAUAGUGAGUUUAUCAAAUUUAAAAAGAUUGCAUAUCGGCAUACCUCAUUACAAAUGCAUCCCUAACGAUGUUGAAGCCAAACCAGAUUGGAAUUACUUUUCUAUAAUCAUCGGCCGGCCCAGAUCCUUUUCCAAAUUAAAAGAUUGGGAUUCAAGAUCAUUGUUUCUUUAUGGAGCAACCAUUAGCAUGUUACCUGAUUGGUUUAUCAACGCGGUGGCAAACAAGACAGAGAAGCUAGAGUAUCAUGACUGCAGAGAAUCCCUUGUUAUGGAAUAUGACCGUGGGAGGUUACAUGGACUCAAGCAUCUCAAAGUACAGGGAGAACUUCGUAAAUGCCGGAAAGAAUUGGUCAACACAACAGAUCGAGUUCAAAAAGGACCACUGUUUGAGAAGUUGGAAACCUUGUCUCUGAAGCAUCUCUUCCACCUUGAGGAAUUGUGUGUUGGUGAUUUACCACCUGGGUCUCUGGUUAAUCUGAAGUUACUGCGGAUAGAUGAUUGUGCGGUGAAAAAUGUAUCAAAAUUUGUACAAAGAUUGCCAAGUCUGGAGGAAAUCGAAUUUCACAAGGUGGGACAACUGGAAUAUGUGUUUGGAUGCGAAGGGUCUAAGCCGAAAGAAUCAAAACUGAGAAAUGUGAGAUUGUUUGGUCUAUAUUCAAUGAAGAACAUUUGUAGUGGUCCUUCCCCACGCGUAAUGUUCCAGAGUAUUAAAAUUCUAGUCAUUGGCGGUUGUGCGCUGCUGAAAAGUGUGUUCGCAUCUGAUGUAGCCCAAUGUCUCUCUCAAUUGGAAGACCUUCGUGUACAGCACUGCCGCUCGUUGGAAAGAGUAAUUGAAGAAGUGAAGAAAGAGAAGACGACUCUACCAAAAUUGAAGAAGUUGCGUUUGCAGAAACUUCCAAAGUUGUAUGGUGCAAGCAGCAGUACUGUUGAUAUCGAGUGUCCUUCAUUGGAACUCGUGGUCGUGCUAGAUUGCCCCCAUCUUCCAUUUUCCAUCCUCAAGUCCUCAGAAAGCGGGAACGGGUUUUCAGCCUCCGCUGCUUCUGCCUACUUUGGCAGCACGAACCCAGUCUUGUGUUGCAGGUGACAGUGCUCAGUUGUUGAGUUUCAAACAGGUUACGCAGCUCCUCUGGUGCUUCUAGCAGACUACCAAAAGCUUGGAUUGGGUAGCUGUGGCUGCAAAUCCAAUUGAUCUAAUAGAAACUUUGCUGGAUCGUGACUUUCAGAACAACCAAAGACAGCCAUUAUAGGAACCUUGGAGAGUGAAGAGAUCAGUAGACAUGUUCGAUCAGGACGGCAUUUAACUCUCGCCACUGAGAAGUGGUACGCAGCCCUAUGGUGGAAGAACAAUGUUCUGUCCAGGUUUGCUUCCUGUGGAGCUGAAUAAUGGAACCAUGGUGGAAGAUAUUCACGUUGUUGGUUUCCCGAGUAAACUUCUUGAAAUGAAAAUAAUGCAAGUUCUUCGGUUCAAGCAAGGACAGAUCUACACUGUGGGUGUUUCAGUAUUUCUAGGCGGUAAUAAGCCCUCAGGAACUGCUAAUGUUCGUGGAGAUAUAAGAAUAAAUUUUUCUUGUGAUCCAGAAAUCUCCUCGAAGCUGGUUGAUCUUACUUUGGAUGAAAUGAAAAUGGGAUCCAGGAGAAUUACUACUGGCUGGAGAGGAUUUUGCACAGCUACCAGUCAAAGAUCUACACUGGUGAUGUUGGGACUUGUUUUGAGUGAAGGAUGCUCGUUGCUGUCAAGGAAGUUUCCUUGCUUGAUCAAGGACACAAGGGGAGAGAAAGAGUUUUCCAACUUGAACAGGUGAUAUUGGCUCGUAUUUCAUGUUAUGCCAUGGAAAACGACGGCGGUACCUAAAUUUAAAAAUGGCUAAUUUAUUAGUCAUUUCUAUAGGUAUCCCAAUCAAUUUAUGUGUCAUCGAAACUAUUAUCACUAAUAGC